AGGGUUUUUCAGUAUAACCAAGAAAUUAUACUAUUUGUAAAACAUGUCUUCCUAAACAACUUUUGAACUCUGGUUUUAACCCUUUCAACCUGUGUCCAGUGGAAUGGACAUUGCUGUCUUUUGUGAUACUCAAUGUCAGGUUUGAAGGUGUUAGAGAGGAAAGAUUUUAUUAUUUGCUAUCUGUGGGAGUUUAAAAGUAGGAUUUUAGAGCCUAUAAACAUGUCCACAGCCUAUUACUUUGAAGACUUUGGCCCGUGCAACAGAAACAGGUUGUGUUUGUCACUCAUGUCUCCAUGACGGCAUUCUUUAAAAGGUAACAAACCACAUGUACACAUAGUGACAUAGAAAUAUAUAUACAGUGACAAGCAAAACACUAAAGAUUUUUUUUGACUCUACAACAGUUUCUUAUAGUUAAUGUUGUUAAUAUAUUUGAUAGUUCAUAUAUUAAGGAUUAAAUUUACCCAGUGGCUGUUUAAAGGUACAAGGAAGUAUUUCUGAAAAACAGUAUAUUUCCCUGAGAUUCAAAGUCCAAGUCACAGAUGGAAACACAGACACACCUGUGAUCUUCUAUCUACGGGAAUGGGAUUUUGACAAAUUACGGCUAUGCUCUACAUGUCCUACUGACGUCUGUGUUUCUACGAAGCGGUUUGCCUUACUUUAAAGUGAAAUCCAUGUUGAUAGUACCGGAUUUGUGAUGGAGCUGAGAGAAUUCCACAAUCAAGUCCAUCCACCAGCAGACUAUGAUAUUAGUCCUUACGGUUCUCAGCGGUCACUACGGCUACGGACAGUUCCAGCCGAGGAUACCAGUGCGGUUCAUUUUGAUUGGGGCUCCACACCUGAGAAUGCAGAAGAACCCGAUGAACCUCGAAACCUUCGUGAGCUGCCACUGCACAUGGGUCUGAAGAGAGCAGUAUGGCAGGUGCAAAAGAUGAGAGUUCCAGUGGUUUCCAAAUGGGGAUCUUGGAGAAUCAAGCAGUUGAAGACAUUUCGCCAUUUCUGUGAGAUUGCCAAAGAGGUUCUCAGCUAUUUGGUUCCAUGGAAGAAAGGAAUCCAGAAAAUAGGAGGUCACUUUGGUGGAGGAGUCCAGUCCUACUUCUUGUUCCUGAGAUUUCUUGUGAUUCUCAACUUGCUGUCGUUUCUGUUAAUUGCAGCAUUUGUCCUCAUUCCCAGCAUUGUGUUUCGCUCCAUUGGCUUCAAUUCCAGCAUCCCUUUGUCAGUCAAUCUUACUAGUGUAAAUGAAUGUUUACAGUAUGAUCCAAAACCUAAUCCCCUGGCUGUGUUCUACACAUACUUCCUGGACCUGGUCUCAGGAACGGGUUUUAUGGAAUAUUCCUAUCUGUUUUACGGGUAUUACCAUAAUACGAUGGUUGAGAGUAAAGGCUUCUCUUACAACAUCCCUCUGGCAUAUCUGUUGACGGCAGCCUUCUACUUCAUCUUCUGCCUCAUUUGCAUGAUUAUAAGAAUGGGCAACGUGGCCAGUGCUAUUGUAGCGACGGAUGGAGGAGUAGUUGGGAGAUACAGUAUGCUGGUGUUUACAGGAUGGGAUCAUGGUCUCCAGGGGGACCUUGCCGCUAAACUUAAAAAAAAUAAUCUUCGAUAUCAGUUACAGGUGGACUUAGAAGAAGAAAGACUGCAACAAAAAGCUGCCUCUCUGACUCUGGGUCAAGCGUUCGCUCUCUAUGCAUUACGCAUUUUCCUUAAUCUUGUGGUUUUAGCACUCAUUGGUGGAACUUUCUAUGGGAUCGCUGAAGUAACCCAAUUCAGCCAGUCCGAGAAAACAACAGGCUUCAAUGCGUUGCUGUUGCAGUACUUACCCUCCAUUGUCAUAACAACAAGCAAUUUUGUGGUGCCGCUCCUGUGUGACAAGAUUGCUUUACUGGAAAAGCAUUCUCCCAGUACCACCGUUAUUCUGGCCUUGCUGCGGGCAGUGUUCUUGCGUUUGGUGAGUUUGGGUGUUUUGCUGUACACUCUUUGGGAGCAGAUUACCUGUAAUGGAGAGACAUCUAGUGCAGCCUGUACCCCCUGCGGUUAUAAUUAUGAACAAUAUAAGUGUUGGGAGACGCGAGUUGGACAAGAAAUGUAUAAACUGACUCUUUUUGACUUUCUGAUAACAAUCGCCACAUUGAUCUUGGUGGAAUUCCCGCGCAGGAUCAUAGUAGAUCAUUGCUCGUGUAAACUGGCUCAGUGGGUGGGACGGCAAGAGUUUCUGGUUCCCCCGAACGUUCUUGCUCUAGUUUACAGUCAAACAGUGGUUUGGACUGGAGCUCUUUUCUCUCCGUUGUUACCUCUUAUAAACACCGUCAAAUUCAUCAUCUUCUUUUACUGCAAAAAGAUAACUUUGUUUCAAAACUGUCAACCCGCUCUGAGAACGUUUCGAUCCACCAGCUCCAACUUCUUCUUCCUCUUGGUUCUGCUCUUUGGAUGGAUGUUGGCCAGCGUGGUUCUUAUUUACAGUGUAGCUAAGAUUCAUCCAUCUUACGGCUGUGGGCCUUUUAGAUUUUCCCCAUCAAUGUGGAACGUUGUACCAGAAGCAGUUGACAUGCUUACCAGCACCAGUAAAGACUUUUUAUUCUACAUUGGAUCCCAGAAAUUCUCAAUACCACUCUUCAUCUUCUCAUGCGUGCUUCUGUGCUAUAUGGGCGCUUUAACAUCUGUCCAUGGGAAAAGUGUAGCACUGCUGAAAUCUCAGUGUAAACUGGAACAGCGUGACAAGCUGUUCUUAGUGAGACAAAUCGAAGCGCUGAAUGCCACCAUGCAGAAGGAUGAACCGCAGCUGCCACAGAGAGACACAGAACGGUUCUACCAGACAGAACAGACGUGGAAUGGAUAUAACAAUAAUGCAUUUAUUCAAGAUGAAGACCCAAGGGCAUAUUAAGGCUUGAUAGAUUAAAAGUUCACUAAACACAUUUAUUAUGGACUAGGCAAAUCUAUGAUGAGUUACAGUUUCCACGAUUUGCAUUUUAAUGAGCAGAUGAUUUUAUGAGCCAAUUAGUUUCAAGUGUUUAAGUUUCUUGUUUGCCAGUCAAAAAGCUGUGAAGCACAAUAUUGUAAGAAAUGAAUGAAUGACUUCAUUACAUUUACAUUUUUUUCUUUGAGCAUAAAUUUAUUUAUUUUCUUUAUAAUAAUGUAUUUCUGCAUUUAUUUUUCACAGUUAAAAAUGUGAACACACACAUCGAGAUAGUAAGAUCAAAACCACAACUAUAAUAAGACCUGCUUAAGCUGGUCAAUAAAACACUGUUGGUCAUUUUAACAUUAUUGAAAUCGUUUUUGUAUUGAGGAAUGCUAAUAAAUACUUACGGAGCAGUGAA